AUGGCUUGGCUGGGUUGGUUGCUGUGGAUUUGGGCUCUGAUAACCGCUCUCGCCGUUUCGGGUCGCCGGGCCUUGAGUUACGCUUUUUACCGCUGCGGGAACAGGCAGCGUUCGCCCCAAACGCCCAUGGCUGUGGCGGGUCACCUGCUGUUCCGCAUUGGGUAUAAUCUCUAUGCGAAAACCCGGCUGGGCUACCUGUUAUACAAGCGGCAGGUAAAGAAGGCACGCCAGCGUUAUCCCCAAGGACACUCAGUUUCCCAGCCUGUGGAGUUCAAUGGUUUGAAGAUCCUUCCCAUUCCUGUCCUGUCUGAUAAUUACAGCUAUCUUGUUGUUGACACUGACUCCAACAGUGCUGUAGUUGUGGACCCUUCUGAUCCUUUGGCUGUACAGAGAGUCAUUCAGGAAGAGAAAGUGACACUGGAAGCUAUCCUGUGUACUCACAAACAUUGGGAUCACAGUGGAGGCAACACAGCCCUGCGGCGAUGGUGUGGCUCCUGCAGAGUCUAUGGAAGCAGCUUUGAUGACAUUCCUGAACUGACAGAUCCCCUCACGGACAAGGAGACUAUAGUGGUUGGGCGCCUGAACUUCAAGGCUCUCCUCACUCCAGGUCACACUCUGGGGCACAUGGUCUAUGUCUUGGAUGGGAAACCGUUUGAAAGUCCUAGCUCUCUCUUCUCAGGAGACCUCCUCUUCCUCUCUGGCUGUGGUAAGUUUCCAGCUGAAGGAGGAAACCAACUUGGCUUCCUGUGUCCUUCCACCAUUGGUGAAGAAAAGCAGUAUAAUCCUUUCUUACGGACUCACUGCCAGGAGAUUCAGGAAGCCAUCGGCCUCCAACGCCAAAGGGAUGAGGACUGGGACACCUUCCGGGCCCGGGUACUGAAGGAAGUGCGACUACGAAAGGAUGUCUACAAAGCAAAUCUUUAAUUCGAGAAUCUAGUUCAGAGUAGGGCCUGAAUUAGGCUUCUGCAAGGACCAGUGCAGACACAAAAUGGAUUCUGUCAUACUGAAAAACACUCAACUUGGAUACUGAUUUUUACCACAACGUGAAGGGAAUGGUUUGGGCCUUUAUUUGAUCUUUUCCUUCCGAAACUCGGAUUCCAGUGCUAUUUAUCCAUUUACUAUGAUAAUUGGGAUCACAAUCUCCCAGGAAGGGUCUUACCUCAGUGGAAGACAGAGCAGAUUUUUUUGAAAACCCAACAUGCAUCACCAAUACCUACAUGUUGUCCUUCUGCAGGAAGGGAUUGGUAUAGCACAUAGCAAAGUGAGGCUGAAACAGUUUUGUGAGUUUAAGCAAAGUCUCUUGCAAUUCACCACAAGAGUGACUUCUCAUAUUUCCAUUAGAGACUAAUCCACAUGUGGGAACUGAGGCUAUUUUUUGUCUUCCAGUUGUUGACUGGCACUUGAGAAGGAAGUUUGGCCUUCCCCCUUCUUCCUCUGCCAAACCUUUUCUUAAGUACCAAAGCAUCUUGCAACUCGUGUAUGUUCACGGAAGUUUGUUACUAUAUAAUUUUGUUCCACUUUUCCUUCUUUUAAUAGAACUGAGAAGAUAGACAUAAUACCUACCACUAGACCAUGCACCGAUUUCUUGAAAGAAAAUGUCCAGGCUCAGAUCAAGCAUGUCAGUGUUAAUAUAAAGUCUCUCAGAGCUCACUAUUCAUAAAACCCCAGGCCAAGAAUUGCUCAAAUUCCUGAGAGAGCAGGAGAAUGGAAGUUGGAAGCUACUGCUGGUCUUUCAACCUUCCUUCCAGUGGAUCCCAUGCAAGUUGCUUGCAGAAGAUUGUGUAGGCCAACUUUGUGGUAUUUAAUUCACGUUUCUCAGGAUUAUUAUCUUGAACUUGGUAUUUGUGCCACUGUAAUUAUAGUUAUUGCUAUUUAUAAUUGAACUGAGCGAAGUGUUUGAAAGAGAUGCUUUGUAACAUGCAACAAUGUGAGCAAAGGACUUCACAAUGGAUUAUUAAAGCAGCCCUGUCUUUUUCCAAGCAUGUGCAGCUGCUUUGAAAGUGUUCCCUGAGCCAAGUGACUAAAUCUACAUUUUCAUGAUUUUUGCACUUGCAAAGUACCUUCUAUGAAUGCUUUGCACAGCCAAGUAUAAUUUAAUUCCAAUUAGUCUUUUUUGUUAUAGCACAAAGUCUUUAUCAGACCAGUUUUUUAAUCUUGAAUGAAAUAGGAAAUAGUCUUAUCCCAUUUGCGAUUCUAUUUUGUUUGGAGUAAGAGAUUUGUAAGCUAUAUCUUUCAGUUUGGCCUUCUUUAUCAGAGUCUAUAAACAUUGCAUUUUGGAACAGAGAAAUACGAAACACUUUUGAUUUGUAUGUAUUACUGAGAAAUGUUUGCCAAAUGUUGACGUUUUAUGAUACCACUAAAAUGAAAUAUCCACAA